UUUUUCAUAUCUCUCAGUUUACUCCUUAGUUCCGACGCGAAGUGACGGCUAUUUUACCAGCAAAACUGUGGAUACUUAGGAACUAAGGAAACAAACGUACAUUAAUAUUUAUUAUUAUCACUAUCUUAAUAAUUAACACGUUCUCUUUUCUACUUUAUUUCAAACACAGCGGAACACAAAAGGCAAACUUGAGCUAAGAGUAGGAUUACGUACCGUACUUGAAAAUUCCAUACAAGUCCUUGAUGAGAAAUUGAUAUUCCAGUUGAGCCAAAUUCAUGACGACCACCAUGUCUCCAACGGUUACCAGAAUCCUUCUGCUGCUCCUAUUCACUGGCACUGUCUUAUCAAUUGACAUUGAUUGCAGUUCCAUGGCACCAGUCUCCACAUCAAUUAUUCCACAGUCAGAAGCAUGUCCUUUUAAAAUUCAUGUUUCGUCCAAAUUCUACAAACCUAAUGUUGCAUUGACAGUGACUGUGUCAUCUAUAGAUGGCAGUAAAUUUCAAGACUUACAGAUUGUAGCCAGGAAACUUUCUGGUAAUGAUAACGGGCCCCAGGGCACAUUCUUGGGUGCUGAACGAGAGGUUAUGAUCCAGAAUUGUAAAGAAGUGUCAGGUGAUGGCUAUGUGAAGAUCAACAAUAAACUAUUAUCAAAUAUCACCUUUUUCUGGAGUGCGGACAAGUAUGUUGGCCAUAUCUAUUUUCUCUUUACCAUAUCAAGAGACUACCAAACCUUCUGGAUUAGAGAAAGGUCAGCAACAGUUCUUGACCACACUAAGGACCUACCUGUACCAAAAGUACCCCAAGAGAACAUUGUUCCCUUAACGAAGCAGAUCAAUACAGCCGACUGUGGCAAGACUCGUGGUUGCUAUCGGGAACCAGCAGGAUGCUGGGAGCUGAACUGCAAGUACAUCGUAACCUGGAAGAGCAUUGACAAUGUCGUAGAGGUGGAAAUGAGUAUGGCUACAGGUCGAAUUCACAAUGUCUGGAUGACAUUUGCUCUGUCUGAUGAUACAUAUGAGGGUGAUGACUAUGCGUUUGACUGCAUUGAGGAUUUCAAACAUGGAGUUGUAUCUGUUUCACUUUCCUACAUCAGAGGAGUAAACGAUAUCGUGGAAUUAGACGAGCCCAAAAAAGGAAUUGUCUUUGAAACUGGAUCCCACUACAACAACCGUCUACGAUGCUUGUUCCGUAUCCAGAAAAGUGCUGGCAACAAACAUGACUACAUGUUGAAGGAAGGCAAAUGGCACGUCUUGUUGGGCGGAGGUAAAGCAUGGGACGGUAAGAAGACAGAACAUGGUCUUGGCAUUGGUCGUGUACCAAUUGUCUCAGUGGAAGAAGUGGACAUGUCAGAAACGGAUGAUAUCUCUGGUAUUUCAAGAUACCCCAUUGCUAAAACUCAUGUAAUUCUGAUGAUAUUGGCCUGGAUAGUCUGUGCUCCUAUUGGUUGCUUAAUGUCAAUGUACUACAAGAGAAUGUGGCCCAACAGUCGCUUCCUUGAAAAACGAUACUGGUUUGUGGUCUACUGGCCAUGUAUGGUGUCAGUGUUUGUGCUCAUGAUUUUGGCUUUCAUCUUUUUCUUUGUGGAUGCAGGAGGAUAUGUUGAGGCUCCCUAUCUACCGCUCAGAGCUCACCCAAUCAUGCUGAUUGUCGUCUUCGUGUGUGUCUUAAUAAUCCCGAUAAUAAUGUUGUUGAUUCGAUGCACAGAUGGCUGCCUUCAGUUUAUCUUCAACAUCAUCUGUUUCAUUCUCUGCCUGGUGACUCUCAUUUUGGCCAUUCCAACCUUACUGAUCAGUCUAGACUAUGGCAGAUACUACAUACCCUGGUGGAUUACAUGGUUCCUUGUUGCCAUCAUGAUAAUCCAGCUUAUUAUUGAUAUUUUACUUAAGAUUCACGAUUUCUGCUAUUACGAGAAGAACGAAGAACGCCGAGAAAAAUAUGAAUACUCAAAGAGGGAGAAUCCAAAAUUGUACAUCCCAGAACCGCACCCCGUUGGUCGACGCUUCAAGAAGUGUUGUCUGUUUGUUCACGUGUUCUUCACGGUGGUGCUGUCAGUUAUUGUUAUAAUAGUGAUCGCUGCCGCCUAAUGGAUUAACAGAUUAACUCUCUGCAACAACCUGCCACCAAGCGAUUCUCUAAAUCCUGCCUUACAUCACAAUCACCACAACCACCACCACCACCACCAUACCGGCAAACUUCAGUCUUGCGAUGGAUAUGUUUGCUGGUGUUUUGGUUAUCAUUGUGGAUUGUUAUACAUCGAUACUGAAGAUAAAUGGUGCUAUUUUGCAGACAAAAGAUUUUUUUUUUCUGGAAAAAAAAACCAAACAAAAAAAACAAAAAAGAACAAAUAAAAAGAAUAACAUUUAAAAAAAAACCUAA